UUAACCAAGAUGCUCACUGUUUUUUAGGUGUGUUCCAUCAUAUGCUGGUGGGGACAAGUAUCAAGUUGAAUGUGGUCCAAGUAGCCAGCAUGUGGUGGACUUAGUUUAGAAUUCUUACUCCUGCAGGAAUUGGGAUCUCACUGGCAUCCUUGCAUGCAUGCAUUAGCUGUCAUUCAUGUAAAAAAUGAGUUCCUAGAGACCUAUGUGCAAACUUGGUACACCAAGCAAACGCAGCUUCAAAUUUACUCAAAUUUUGUAAGUCCAGUAAGGGGUCCUAAACAAUGGGCCUAUGUGUCAAACAUGCUACCAAUACUACCUCCUCCACUAAGAAGGCCACCUGGUAGACCUAUUAAAGUGAGAAGGAAAGAACCUGAUGAACCACAAACAACAGAAAGGUUGAGCAAGAGAGGGGUGGAGAUGAGGUGCAGUAAAUGCAAAAUAAUAGGCCACAAUAAGAGGAGUUGCAAAGGGGAAGUUGGCCAAAAUAUUCUAGCUAAAAGGCAUCAAAUUGGUGUUAGAACCCAGCAACAGGCUACCCCAAGUCAGCAAGAGGGUACCCCAACUCAACAAGGUGCCCCAACUCAGUUACCUACUGCCCCAACUCAUCAAGAAGCUGCCCUAAGACAAAGCUCCCAUUAAAGAGAAAAUCAACCACAACCACUGUUAGAUGGAUGCCUUCUACUCAAGAGUCAUCCAUGACAGACCAUUGAUGAUGAUGUGAACAGACUGUAUUUUGUUAACCUUUUAAAACUGUGUAAAUUUGCCUGCUACUGAUUAUUAAUUUAGGCAGAUAUUUUUUGGGAAA